AUGGCCCCUUUCCAGCAGGGGGCGUGCUGGCUCCUCGUCCUGCUCCUGGAGUAUACAGAGGCCAAAAAGCAGUGCUGGUACUUCGAAGGAGUGUAUCCUAUAUACUAUUUAUGCCGCUCCUACGAAGACUGCUGCGGUUCAAGGUGUUGCGUAAGGACUCUUUCUAUUCAGCGACUAUGGUACUUUUGGUUCCUUCUGAUGAUGGGAGUCCUCUUUUGCUGCGGGGCAGGCUUCUUUAUCCGAAGGCGGAUGUAUCCUCCACCGCUGGUUGACGAAACGAUGUACAAUGUCUCGUACACCCGACCACCUAGCAGCAGCGCUGCAGGGAUGCCCUACUAUGCUGAGCCAGAAGGAGCGGUGAUGAACCCCAUGGCCAUGGCCUACCACGUCCAACCGAAGUCUCCGCAAGUGAACCCCAUUUACCCGCCUCCCCCGUCGUACUGCAACACUCCACCCCCGCCAUACGAGCAGGCCGUGAAAUCGUCCACAUAACCACUCUGUUGCA